AUGAAUCCAGACUCGCCCUCCAUCGCGGCCGAGAGCCCAGACAAGUCUCCACUCGACCGCGCCCCGCAGUCGAGCACUUCAACCACCCUUGAACGCAGCAGCCUGGAGUCCCUCCCAGAUGAGGUGCUCAUCGACAUCAUUCGGAAUGGCGAAGCCGAAAACACGCCUUGCGUGGCCUGGAGCCUGUGCUUGGUAUCCAAGCGCAUGGAGCCAGUUGCGAGACAAGAGCUGUAUCGAGAAAUUUCUAUUCUUACCUAUCGAAGUCUGAGAAGCCUGUGCCGUACACUCGAGAAGAAGCCUGAGCUUGGGCAACACAUGGUGGAGCUGAACUUGCUUGUCCCAAGCGACUUGCGUGGACCCAGUAACCCUUCUUACACAUUGAUCAAGACAUUUGACUUCGAGCGGCUCUGGUACUUCUACUCUAAGCUGCUCAGGCGGUCAGCUGGCCUCAGAAAACUGACCAUGAUGAUGGUGGGCCAGGGACAAAGCAGCAGGUCAACAAUGAGCCCAUAUCACCGAUUCAUUCACGGACUCUCGGGGGCCAUCACACGGUCGCAGCAUAGUGGCUCUAUCAUUGCCAUCUUGCCACGGCUGGAGCAAGUUCGACUUAUCAACGAUGCACACCUACAACACUGGUGGAACCGUGCCAUGGUCUACCCUGAGGUUUUCAAGCCUUUCCUGCAUCUGUCUCCCCUGUCAAGCCUGGAAUGUAUUGAGGACAGUGGGGUCUGA